AUGGUAUAUUUGGAAAAAAAAAUUUAUUCUAUAAAAAAAUUAGAAGAUGAAUUAUUAGACGAAAUACCUUUAGAGCCACUCAAAAUAAAUCAACUUGUGUCUGCAUUAAAAAAUGGUCUUAAAAGUUCACAACAUUCUGUUUCUUAUGCAUCGCUUACAUGUAUCAGUCCUUUAAUAUCUUCUAUAGCUGUAACAAAUACAUCAUAUCUCAAAUAUGUUGUAACUGCACUUGCUCCUGCAGUAAUCGGUAAACUUGGUGAUACAAAGAAAAAAAUGCAAGAAGCCUCCCUUCAAGUUUUACUGGCAAUGUGGAGAUUUUCCAAUGGUGCUGUUAAUAACUUACAUACAUUAAAUGCUUUGGAAACUUGUAUAAAAGAGUCUGCUUUUUGCCAUAAACAAUGGAGAGUUCCAUGGACGACUAAUAUAGUAAAAUUAUUGGAUGAUUCUAAUGAACGAGUCAGAGAAGCUGCAAAAAAUAAAAUUGUCAUACUUUUCAGAUUUAGCCUUAAUCUUAACCUUAAUAGAAGAGAAUCUGUUCUAUUUUCCAAAAAAUCUAAAAUUGUUGAUAAACCACAAAUCGAUAAUGUUGAUGAUUUUGAACAAGAAUUACAAAAGAUUAUCCCCAUUUUUCAAGGAAAAGAAACAGAGCUAAACUGGUCUUCUAGAGAAAAAUAUCUUAAUCAUUUAAAAUCUUUGAUUAAUGAUGAUCAAGAUUUAAAGUAUCCAGAAGUUUUUGCUAGUUUCUUGAAAAUUAUAAUGGAUGGUGUAAUAUCAUCACUCACAAGUCUUCGUACUGCUUUAAAUUUAACUACUUGUGAAUUUAUACAAGAUGCAUCAGUUUAUCUCGGGUCAGCAAUUAAUCCUUUUGCUGAAACGUUACUAACAAAACUUUUAAAAAUGGUCUCAUCAACAAAAAAAUUAGUAUCUCAAGCUUCAGCAAACGCAACCAUUUCACUUUUAAAAAAUUCUUCAUAUAAUUGUAGGCUUGUCACGCAAUUAUUAUCGACAAUGAAAGAAAAAAAUGUUCAAUUAAGAAUUUAUAAUAUCAGUUUUUUAAAAACAGUUAUUGAAGCACAUUCACACAGAAAAGAUUAUAUUGAAAGAACUGGUGGCGCAGAAGUAUUUGAAAAAGCUAUUAAAAUUGGUUUGGUUGAUGCAAGCCCAAAAGUAAGGGAAGGCUGUCGUGAAGUUUUUUGGCUUUUUAAUGAAUUUUGGUCUCAUAGAGGCGAUAAGAUUAUGAAAAAUCUUGAACCACAAGUAUUAAAACAACUGGGGUGUGACAAAUUAAAAGAAGAUAAUAAUAGUUCAGCAUCAGCAUCAACAGCAAUCCCUUCUCAAAAAAUGCCACCACAACAAUCUUCUUAUCGUUCAAAUACCCCUUCAUCAUCACACCGAUCCAGUAUCGCAUCAAUUUAUCGUCCAACUACACCAUCAACGAAUCGUCCAACUACAACAUACAGACCAACAACACCGUCUUCGAAUCGUCCAACUACAACAUACAGACCAACAACACCAUCUUCGAAUCGUCCAACUACAACAUACAGACCAACAACACCAUCUUCGAAUCGUCCAACUACAACUUACAGACCAACAACACCAUCUUCGAAUCGUCUAACUUAUCGUUCGACUACACCAUCUCCAAACCGUCCAACUACACCGUCAACUUAUCGUUCGACUACACCAUCUCCAAACCGUCAAACUACAACAUAUCGUGCCAUCACACCAUCUCCCAAAAGGCCUAUCAUGGCGGCAGCAGCAUCCUCAUCAACAACAAAUAUUCCAACAAUGACAUACAGACCUUCAACGCCGUCUUCACAUCGUCCGACACAAAUAUCAAGACCAGUCACACCUUCUUCAAGAUCACAAGCCGAUUCGAUUGGCUCAGUAAAUGGCGGUGGUAGUAAUGUUGGAGGGUAUCCGAGAAAGUCUAGUAUUCCUAGAUCAGAAAGUAGUAUGAGCAAUUAUUCUAGUGUAAUGUCAGAACAAUCAAAUACCACCAACAAUACAAAUUAUUAUAACAGUAAUAAUAACGAGGCUAUUAAACUUAAUAACGAUUUAUCGUCACCACAACUACCAUCUAUAAUGCCUCGUUCAAUAAUGCCAGGAUCAAAUCUUUUAAGGAGAAAAUCAUUAGCAAAUCUAACACCACCAUUAAAUUGCUCACCUACUAAUCCCUACAAUGAUAAUAAUAAUCGAUCGUCACCACCAAGCUCGCCGUUAAAAUAUUCAACCAGUUUUAAUAAUCUUAAACGUGUCUCAUCAUUUUCAAAUCUUAAUCCAAGAUCAUCACCGUCAUAUUAUGCAACGGGCGAUAAUACCAAUAAUUACAAUUAUAAUAAUAAAGAUGAAGGAUACGAGACCAGUGAAGAUAGUAUUAAUAACAACCAUAGGAUUAUAAAUAAUAAUGUUAUUAGGAGUAAUGAUGAUAGAAGAGAAUAUACAAGGUUUGUAGAAAAAAAUGAUGGAAACAUGCCGUUAAAUAGAAGAGACAACUAUCAAAGUAAUAUAGAUGAUAAUAGUUAUAAUAGUAACAAUGGCUACAAUAAUAGUGUUAGCGUUAAUGCUUACUACCAAGAAAAUAAUUUAAAUAAAAACAAUUUUCAUUCAUCGAAGGAACAUUUAAGGAGGCAAUUUUCAUCAAGAGAAUUGAUGAACAACAAUAACAAUAAUAGUUAUAGUAUUAAUGGUAAUAGUAAUAACAAUUUAUAUAGGACAGCAAACUAUGGAGAAAAUCCUAAUUAUCCUAACAAUAUUUAUAAAAACCUAAUUAAUAAUCAAAGAGACAAUUAUAAUAAACAAUUAUUACCAUCACAAAUGGAAAAUCCAACAAAUUUAGAUCGAAGAUUAUUAUUAUUAAAAGAAUAUGAUAGUAAUAGUAAUAAUAACAAUAUAAAAUAUCAUGAAGGUGACAAUAAUAGUAAUAAUAAUAAUAGUAAUAAUUCAAAUAUUGAGAAAUCAUAUGCCCCAAGAGAAAAUUAUAAUGAUCAAAGAGAUAGACAAUUGUUACAGAGAAAAUUUGCAGAGAAAGGUAUGUUACAUGAUAGGGAGACGUAUCAUUCUAGAGAUAAUAACAGCAAAAAUGAUGAUGAGAUAUUAUUCUAUAAAGAAAAUAAUAUUAAUAACAAUUACGAUAAUAGUAAUAAUAACAGUAGUAAAAAAAAUGUUGGUUCAUUGGAACAAGAACAAGAAGUCAUUACUGUUAAUAAUAACAAUAUUAUUAUUAAUAGUAGUAUCAGUGGUAGUGAUAAUGAUAAUAUCAAGUUAAAAUUGGAGAAUGAGCAUAUGAUCAUGUAUGAUGAUAAUAAUAAGACCCAUAACAAAAUUAAUUCUUCUCAAUCUGAUAUAAUGCAAGAAAUACAACCAGUAAACAUAAUUACAUCACAGCCAUCAAACAAUCCAAUUGAUAAUGAUUUGAAUCAAUCAUUAACAAAUAAUGAUGAUGAUAAUAAUAAUAAUAACAAGAUUAAUACUAAAUCUGAAAGAAAAGGACGUACGAUUGAUUUAGUUUCCAUCCAAAAAAAAAAAUUAUUACUUGUCACAUCACUAGCUCGAUUGUGUAAUUAUGAUGCUGAUGAUGUACUUUUCUAUCAAUUGACUAAAUUAUCCAAUGAAACUAGCGAGUUAAGUAAUGAAAUUAUAGAAGAAAUAUGGGAAUAUGGCGAAAGAUUUAGAGAAAUCGUGAGUGCGUUGAUAGCGUAUUUAAGCCAUUGUAAAUCAAACAAUUUAGAGUCAAACGAAAUGGCUUUGAAAUUGCUUGGUCAAUUAAUUGUCAAUCAAUCCAAUUAUGUAAAUGGAGAAAAGGAUGUUUUAAAAGAUACUUAUAUUCAAAUAGUUGAUAGUAAUAUGACAUUAUAUCUAUUGAUUGAUAUUAUGGAAACAGAUCUUUUCAAUAAUAGUGACCCUUUUGCAAUACCAAACUCUGAUAGUAAUAAUGUUAGUAAGAAUGGGUGCUCGUCGUCAAGAUAUAGUGUCAAAGGAUCAACUUUUGUGGUAUUAACAAAAUUGGUUGAAAAAAUAGACAAGAAUAUUUUGAAAAAACAAAUCGGCAGAAUUAUUCCAUUAGCAGUAAAGGGAUUUAAUGAUUCAAGAUCUGAAAUUCGUAAAUCUGUUGUGGAAUCACUUGUAGCAAUUUAUUCAAUUCUUGGAAAUGAUAAUUCAAUGUUUCAAUAUCUUGGGGUUUUAAAUAGAUUACAACGAAAUCUUCUUGCAUAUUAUUUUAGUAAAAGCUUGAAAAAACAACAAAAGCUAUUAGCAAAAUUAAGUGUAUAA